AUAUUGUGUGUAAUAUAUAUAUAUAUAUAUAUAUAUAUAUUCAUACAUGAAAAUAAUGCAGCACUAUACGAUGAAUAGAGCACUUCUUGGAAUUGUAAUGAGGGCCUUAAGCAGUGCAUUGUUUCAUAAAAAAACUAUUUUCUUAACGAAAUAUGAAAUUUCAUUUCAGCUUAUUACUUCGCUGCCGCUCUGUGCGUUAUAUUGGUAGUGGACUUUUGGCUUAUGAAUUCCUUCAUUGCAUUGUAGUCCUGCCAACAUAAACUGUACUACAUAUUUAGUUUACGUUUAGUUAGGAUCCGUUUCUUUUCUUGUCCCACAAGCACUUGUUUGACGGACAUGUAUGAAGCUGUGGCGCAAAACUGACACCUCUGCUAACGUGAGGUCUCAAUUAAUUUUUUCACACUAGCUAGCUCGCACCAGCGACCUCUAUGAUCUACAGCAGAAAUUCUUUGUAGCGAGAAGAAAGCGCGCGAAAGUUCGAGAUAUCCAUGUGACGACGUCUGGUUUGGCUCUCUCGCCGAGUGCCGUCUUAGCCGUUCGACCGGUUGUUUGUCAGUGGCAUAACGUUGGUGCACUGGUACUAGCCACUACCUCAAUUGUCGCUGUCUUGCAUCGUGGUUCCCACAACGGCUUACUGCUCCUCCAUGCCGGUUGAUCCGAAUCACUGUGCCAAACUCGACCAUAGCGGUUAUGUGAUUCGCCAUUGGCCUGAGUGUCUGCCAAGCGUGCAGUUCUGACAGUUAACGUAAAUUUGCUGCUGGCUGGAUGCUUACUCGGUGCUAUUGUAGGGCGCCACCCGUUCGAACACGUCCCCUCCAUUUUACGUCCAUGGGUGACACGAUCGCUAUGCUCCAUACGCAUGAAGAAGAAAAAACCUAUCAACAACGGUCCAACGCUUUGAAAUCCUCGAAAACAAUCCACUCACAAGCAGCAGCUAGUCGGUGGCGAGCACUGCAGACUGUCGAGAGCUGAUUGACAGGGAGUAGGCUAUACCAGUUAGUUUCCACUGAAAAGCUCAGCGCUUGCUCGUCUUUGUAUCUGGGUAGCUGCCUUAUGCAGAUGGCGGUUGUGGAAAUUGCGUUCAAUGUAAAUAUAUUGUAAAACGAAAAAUCUAAAAUAAGUGCUACAGUUACAAUCAAAUCAUAACUGGAAGGUUGCCGGCGGAUUGAGCAUUCAUUGCUAAACUGUACAAAGUAGAAUUGGUGCGGACGUCAAAGAAAUACCAUGGUCGAAAUCUAUGCUAAAAUCGCGAGCCGAGUGAUAGCUUAAUUUGUGCAAGAAGUGCGAAAAAGUUUGCCGGUAUUAUUGAAUUUAUUGUUAUUAUUGAAGUGAAUUUAUUAUGUCUAAUAAAAUAUUGGCUGGCAAGUCGGAGUCAACUAACAGACUUUUUAGUGAAAGCUUUUGACUCUCUAUUUUCACGCAGUACAGAGAAUAGCUCUGGGUUCUAAAGCAUUUCUACUUCCAUGUAAGUAGUCGGCUGCAAUGAUCAAGCAGGCGUGAACUUAACUUUCUAAUAGAUCUCACUGACAACAGCAACGACGGUAACACGCCUUUGUGGCCUUUUUCGGAGCGCAGCAUAAGCUGUGAAUCCGCUAGCUUGGACAGAACAUUGUUCUCGUUAUCAAUAGCCGCAGCUAUCAUAUCAUAAUCGUAUACAUAAUCGUUCAACAUAAUCGUUGAACGUAAUGGCGGUGGGUCGAGUAAGCAUCGCCCUAAUAGGACUCGCAUGCACUGUCCUAAUAGUGGCCCUCUGGUUUGGUAAGCAUGAAGAAAAUGAGACACAGAAGCGGCUACAACUUAUUCUCGAAGGACUUCUCAAUACGGAAAAGCAGAUUCGCGUAGCUCCUUCAACUCGGAUCGCAGUUGGUUUUGGAUCCUGUCGCGACCUGAUUAUCCCUUCAAGACAACUCUUUCGAAAUUUACAAGCACCGAAUGACCCUCAAAAUCACGAUGUGAUCAACACGCAUGAUGAACUUCUCGAAACUUUCACAUACUACUUCAAGCACGGGGCUGCGGCGGAACGAUUCGUGGCUAAUGCAACGUUAUUCCGAGAAAUUCUCCAAAAGGCUAAAGCGGCAGCAGACGCCCGUUUUCACAUGGGUGGUAAUGCUGCACUCAUGGCGACUCGGUUCGCUAAAGAAGGCGCUGAGGUUUUACUAGGGGCGCACAUGUCUAGCGAUCUACGUGAGCAAAUGCUUGAAGGGGUUACGGUUACCGGUCCCCAAGUGGACGAGGACGACCACCAUCUUCUUCUCGAAUAUUCCGCAGGUGAAAAGUUCGUCCAGUACCAAGCACCUCGAGCCAAUAGGUUCAUUAUUCACAACGACCAUGCCAAUCCUCGUCUGGGCUCUGUUGAAGGUUUUAGCGAGAAGAUGGUCAACUUUUCUCCAUCAUUGUUCGUCCUUGGAGGUGUUCAAAUGAUGGACAACUUCCCUUUCCAAGAAGGACAACUUGACAGGGCAAUGAAUCGCCUACUGACAGUGCUUGAGGAAGUUCCUGAUACGGCUGCCGUCCACUUCGAGAUGGCCUCAUACGUCGAUGCAGCAUUAAUGCUCCGGAUCAUACAUCAGGUCUUGCCAUUGACGCAGUCACUUGGAAUGAACGAGCAAGAAUUGCCUAAUCUUAUUUCAUUGCUGAAGUAUGAUAACAUAUCGUACGUGGCAGAUAGUUACCCCCGGGUUGCUACCGUCCUGGACCAAAUAAGAGAACUUUUCCGUUUACUUCAUUCAUCCAAGCCACAAUCUCGACCGCUUUCACGAAUUCACAUUCACACUUUGGCUUUCCAAGCCAUUCUUCGGGUAAUAAAAGACCCCAAAAACGCCGUCCGAGAGUGGAAAGCCACAAGGGCUUCUGCUGCAAAGGCUGCUUUAACUGCCCAUCGGCACACCUGUGGUUCGCACGAAAUCGAUGUCAAUCAGGCAAAGAUCAUUAUGGACGACUCAUUCACGACAACUAAUGGGCCUAACCGAAAGCGUAUUCCAUUUAUGCCUGAUGAUCCUGUCCGCUGUUGGAAUGAGGACCUAGAUGGACCCAAUGUCGAAAUUGAAUUCUGCGUGGCGCCUGUUUUAGUGUGUACGCGGGUACUGCAAACUGGCGGUGGAGGUGACAAUGUCAGCGCGGCUGGACUCGUGCUACAAGCGUAGACCAGAAGCAAGCUCACACCCUUACAGAUUAUUAGAAAUUGGCAUGGAGAUGCUUUAAUUCACUGAAUAGAUAGAGCACUUUCACGGCGUCCUUUAAUGCAGAGAUAAUAGAAGUCCUUUUUCUUCUAGGUUUGAUAUAGGGUAUAUGAAGAGGGCCUGUUCUUUUGCCAACCGUUUUUUGCAAAAUUUCUUUUGUAAACCAUGAAGACAUCGUGUCAACUAAUAGCGGAUCUUAUCUAUGGGAGAAAACAGUCCUUUGAGGUGCCUUCUCAAGGUUAGCAAGUAAAAUGUUUCCCUGGCUGAUCCUAGGCCUAGAGUGCCUUAUAGCUUUCUGGUUCUGCAGUCUUUUAAACACGACUACGGAAAGCCGUAAAGUCUGCACAUUCGGCCUCGUAAACGCACCAAGCUAGCAAGUGGUAUUUUGUUUCUAAGUUGGAUCAAAAAAAUAAUGUAGUUUAAAGGCCAACGCAUAUAGGUAUUGACAAGAUAAAUGUCUAAAAAUAUCAUGGAGAUAGAGACUAAUCUUAGGUUUUUUCAAUCUUCAAGGUGAGUUUUUUUUAGGCUUUUAUUCUUUACACCCCAAUCUUUUGUAUAUACCGAAAUUAAUAACUUAGUAGUAUUUCUUGUUGUUUUUAAAUCUUUUUAAGCUGUUUAAACUGAAUUACAUUCUCCAAUCAAAGUUAUAAGGAACUACUUGGAGGAUACCAUGUAGGUUUCAGGAUACUGACAUCAGCUGAGAAAUAUCGUCCUGAAGUUCUGUGGUUACGUAACUUGUGAUAUGGAUGCACUUAGCGGAGAGCAAAUAACUCUACUGUCAUGUUACACUGCACAGACGAAUACUAGGUACCGUUGACAAAAAAGGAACCGUCGAAAGUGACAGUUAGCUGCAUUGUGUAAGUCUACUGCGCGCUCGUUAAAAACAAAGAGGCUGUUAUGUUAAAUGUAAACAAAACUCUAUCAAUUAUUAGAAACAAUUUGAUGUCAAAAAGUUCAACUACAGUGGUUGUGAAAUAAAGUUCGUGGGAAUAGCUAAAACUGACAUGUUACAGCCGCCGAACAUCUAGGGUAUAUGCUUUUAAUGAACAAAAUCAAGUGCCGAGUAAAUGGAUAAAUGGCAAAUAUAUGAAACAAUUUAAAGAACUACUAUUUGCAAGCAUGCAAAUCGAUCAUUUCACUGCUCUUUACGAGAUUAAAGGCGCACUUACGCCUUUGUUAGACCUACAGGUUUUUUGUCAUCUAGUUGUCAAUAUGUGCGUAUAAGACUGUAUAUGCAUGAAAGUCGAUGCAUAGACAGUGUUAGGAAGUACUUUCCUAACUGCACAUUGACCUUCUAAUUAGCCUAUUUUGGCAUGACUUGCCGGAAUUACCAACGUUUGUAUUUUAGGGCGAAACUGGUUCGAGCACCCAAUGCCUACAGUAACCGUGCUUAUUAGCUUGCUUAUUUAAUCUGUUAUUUUUCGAUUUUUCCGCACACAACUAUGAUAAACGUUUUUCCAAACGUCGCAAGUUAAACCGAAGUUGUUAUUACAUUAGGCAUUACUUUGUAUCGUAGACGGCAGAUUAAGCCUCGACCAGCGAUGGUCGUAUGGCAUUGCUGAAACCACUAUUUGAGAUAUCGAAAAUGGAUUUCAAGUAAUUAUGCUGAAUAUCGUAGAUCAUGUUGACACCAUGCUAACCUGUUGAGUCGAUCAGGCAGAUCCAGUGACACGAUAUUAAACACGAAAUAUGACUCUGCUACACGAAGCCUGGAACGCACUAAUAAGCUGUUUAUACAGGUGGACAUAUUAUACAUAGUAAAAGAUCAUCUGUUCAUAUGUGUUAUUUAACCGUAGUAUUUCACAUCCCGCGUAAAAAUGAUUGUUAAGCAGUUUCUGCAGGGCCGGAAAACUCUAAUUCACAGAAGAAUAAAUAAAUCUAACACAACUGGGUUUACUUACUUAAAUUUUCAUUAUAUUUUUUUUGUAGAUAGUUCUACAUGGAGAAAACGCCUCACAGCUGGUUAUAAGCUAAGGCUAUAGUUAGAAAAGAAACAGGUUUCCAUAUUGAUAAAUACGUUUGAUAGGUAGCGAAGAUAUCUCGUUCUGUAACCAAUUGAAGUCUUGUUGAAAGCACGCACACUUACUUUAAUUCAACGGCAGAUUGAUUCGACUCCGACAUUCAGGCACGAAUAUCUAGAUACAAGGUUACUGAUGGAAGUGUCUUCUACCGCUGAUAUGUUAAUGUUUGAAAUUCGAGAGGUAACACAUGAUCACAAUGAGUCGCUAUUCAAUAUCGUAUUAAAAUACGUUGACUUAUUAUGAUUUACCUAGUUACACGUUUAUGUAAAAUCCCAGUAAAAUUCGCAAUACACAAGUAUGAUACCUAUAUGGAAUUAGUAGACCUAACACAUCAGAUGCUUUGCCUCUGCCUCUGCCCCACCUAUCCUCGGCGACACCGAACGCAUCCGCGCAGGUAUGUAUUUAAACUAACCUAAUAAUAAUGAAUACACAUGGCCACAUUUGUUUUUUCGUCUUGUUCCGUCGUCGUGGAGCGUAAACAAACUUAGAUGACAAUGAUGAUGAUUUAUUACCAUUAUUACAAUAAUGAGAUGCUCGCUUUACAACAAGCCUGGGCUCUUCAUCAUUUUUUUCUGCAUUUGCUGUUAAUUUGUCUUUCUCUUUUGCUCUCGUAUGCCUUUCUAUCCUUUAGUAUUUUACAGCGCUGUCAGCAAUCGGAACUGCAAGAUUCAGAUAAAUAUUUCGACACCAUGCACAUUACAGCGAGCACGCCUUCCAACUUCAAAACCUUUACGAAUGUUCCAGUUUGUAUACCUUUUUAUGCUGCAACACGUAAUCCAUAUAAUUUACCUUCGUAUUAAUUAGUAAUCCAUAUAAUUACCGCCUUCAUAUUUCGGUGUUCUUCCUUUUGUAGAUCUUUUUUUUCUCCAUCUUCUCUUCCGCGUGUUUAGGCAUUGACUACUUCAUUUCUGAACAAGUUGGCUCUGUGAAUUUCAGUUCAUCUCCUUUUGUCUCUAUCGUAAUUGUCUGACGUCUUUUUCUUUUCUGUUCUACAGAACGUUACUCCAAUUUUUCCCUUAUUUCUACAAAUUUGUUUGUGCUGUUUUCUUUUUAUCGUUUAGAAAGAUGUGUCACAUUUGAAUAUUUUGUCCUGUUUAGCUUUGCGCCAUUAUCCCAUGUAUCGUUAUCUUUCGUCUCUGCCUACUUACAAACGCGUUAUUACAUUCCUGUGUAAUACGCACGUCCUUCUGCAAUAAGUAAUAGAAGUAAUGCCCCUACGCAAAACACCUCUUUCACUUGCUUUGUAUCGCUAGCUUGCGUCCUGUUAGUUGUCGUUACUUUAUUAUGAUCAUAAUGUUUAAUAUCCACCAGCUCAAUAGAGAAAAUCUUGCAAAAAACUUUGGUGGUUCCAAUGCAUAUAACCACGUUAAUGUAAUAGUCGACACAAAUCGCACCUCGGACUUCAAGUCACUUAGUCAUCACUUCUGCGAUCAUGUUUUUCGCACUUAAUUCGUCUAUAUUCGAUUUCGAGCAUCGAGCUGCAUUUUUCUUGUUUGACUUGUUUUUGCUUCAUUAGUUCGUAUGUUUAAUUAAUCGUUACCGUCGACGUGGAUUGUUUUCGUGUCGUCUCGGAGUUGUCCAUGCUUUGCUCUUUUAAUUUCAGUUAUUUGUCUUUCGAAAUCUAUUUUCCGCCUUCUCAUUCAUUACUAUAAUACUUUAUUAUACUUCCUUAACGUAAGUACCUCUAUAAUUCAGUUGAUUGCGUCUUUUACAUAGUGUUGUUAUUAUCAGCAUUUCGUGCAUUUCUAGAGUUAUUUCGCAUAUCUGUACCCCUCUUGCGUAUUUGGUUGCAACUGCAGCGCUAACGGCCUUUUUGGGCUAGCGGAAUCGAUUUCGCCGUUGGUUAGUCGUGCUUGUCUUUCAUGUGGAAGAACUCCAUUUGCUAUAUACUACUCCCCUUCGCUAUUGGUUCUAACGUUUUCUGUCGUUGUUCUGAACUAGAACGAAUCGCCCUGUUGUUUAUAAGACGCCAGGAUAAAGCCCGAAAAAAAUAUUAGAUUAGAUUAGAUUAGAUUAGAGAGUAUUUUUUAGCAUUUGGUUAUCUUUGAUUAGCCAAAAACCGCAAACACAGCUCUCUUAUCUGUGUAUAAUAGCACAUGCGACAUGUAAGGAAAAUUGUCUUCUAUAUUAUUUGAUUCAUUCUGAUUUGAUAUACUGGCUCGCAUUUUGAUAGCGCCAUUAAUAGCUUAUUAAUUAAAAGCCAAAUAUAGAGCACUAGGUUUUCUCCGCAGAUCUCUAGUUUUGGCUACCAGUAAAUCAACCUGUGGCCAAACAUUUUUAUCCACGAGGAAUAGGGACAGAAGGCUACUUAUUUAAGAGGGGUACCGCGCGUCAUAUUUAGCACGAAGUCGCCACAAGUGUCCUCUUUACAUGGAUAUCUAUACAAUGAUGCAAACAACAGAAUUCACAAUGUAGUCCGUUGUAUACAAGUCUUCGUUACGCGCCUAAUUAAGAUGGCUUUAUUCGCCAUCAACUAACAUCAUUACACUGUGUGGUCGACAUCGCGUAUUGAGAAAAUCUUCUUUCUCUUCGUCCUUUAUAUAUGGAUUAUUAAUUCAUUUCAGUUUGCCCAUUCUAUAUGUUUUGUCCUUCAUUGAGCCAGAACAUUCACAAUCCACUACCAUUCCAUUAUUAAAGUAAUAAUAGUGAUAGUAAUAAUAAUAUAGGAAUUAUGAUGACGAUGAAAUGGGUCUCUGUGUACCUUCACAUAGUAAAUGUGUGAUCCGCUCUCCGUGUAUAUGUAACACUGUAACGUGUAUAGUAUGAACAGCGUUCUUUGUCUGACUCCGUGUGUCUUUCGCAAUCUCUGCAUUUCACAGUUGUCUCCAAUGCGUUUUAUUAUCAUUAUUUUGUAAUAAGUAGUCGUAUCAUUUUUUUAGCAUGGUCAUACAGUUCAAUAAUGCGGUUUUCAUUACACUAAAAUAAGCACUAGGAAAUUUUAUUUACUAAUCAUCUGAGUGCUUAUUAUUUUUUUGAUACUAUUUAUCUGAGUGGCGUUGCAUGGGUUGCACUCGUUAAGCUUUCGUGACAACUUCUCCUUCGCAAUGUCUGAUCAAAUGGUGCAACGGGGCACUAUAUGAAUCGAUUGUGUUUUUGUAUGAUGCCGUGUUGUUUUCUGUAAAUGCCCAUGUGCGUUUUAUGAACGGCGUAGGAUGUGAAGAAGAAGGGAAGGUAUGGGAGCGAACUAUGGAUAAUGAGGGCAUAUGAAUAAUAUAAUAAUAGGAAUCCUACUAAUAUUAAUUAUUAUAUUAUUGUAGCAAUAACAACUGUAAUAAUAGUUAUCGACCGCCGUAAUCGUCGUAAUGCAAUCGGGUGGCAACUUUUUUCUCAACGCGAUUAUCCAGCCACCAAUGGAUGAGGUGUGCUGGCGUCUACGCCAUAGAUAAUAAUGCGACUUCCUGACCACCAAAAAACAAGGGAUAAUAUCGAUGAGUGGGUUUACGUCUCUCCGGAUGCCUGGACUGGGCACUUGCCUUUGAAAAUACUUACAAACGAUUCGGCCAGUAGCAACAGCAAUAACACUGUUAACGCCAAAUCUACCGACAUUUUUGCCUACUGAUCCUAACCAUGCUUACUCAAAAUGACCUGUUAUUGUUUCUGUAGUUAAUUUCUGAUGGCGUUUUAAUGGCGUAAAGUUUGAUGCCGACAUAAUAACUUCUGACAGAGAGAGGGUAGAUUGACUGGUAGUGAUUGGAGAAGUGGUAAAGACGAAGCAAAAGAAAUUUUUGUGGAUGCAAUCUUUCACAUAUCUUAUCGAGGCCAACUUAAAUUACGUAGGUGACUUGUUUAGCUUGCUUAAUGAUUAUUCGGUCAUAUUAUAUCACCACAAUGAGGUCGCUGCGUUCUUGCGAAAAUUGUUUAGAUGUGCGGAUGUAUGAAAGAAAAAAGUCGUCAUAGCGACCUACUAUUGUUUAGUGCUGUCUCUAUCUUUACGGUGAAUGAGAAAAACAGCAAUUUCGCUAUUCAGCUACGUGAGAGAGAUGUUCCGCCGCUCUGACACGUCCUGACAGGGAUUCUUUUGCCGGCAGGAAAGGGUCAAUGCAUUUGCGUGUAACUUUCGUCAACCAUCCAUAUGUGUUCUCUAUCAUUCAUAUAUCACUACCAUCUCGUCAAGCUCUAUUUUCAUCUUCGGUCUCGGUUUUACCGACUCAUAAUUACGCAGUCAUGCAUGUUAUAAUAAUAGUAGAUCAUCGAAUCAUUAUCAAUCAAAUCUCCACUCAGAAAUAAUGGAUCAGCCGUGUUCCUCAAUUAUUAGUAAUUACUCAAUCAGUUUGUGAUUAAACAUUGCAUUCGGCUUAAUCACUUAUUAAUCAUUAAUAUUUUUUUAUACAUGUACGCACACAAUUGCAUUUUCUCUUGUCUGACAUUUUCUGCCACUAUGAUUACUAUUAUUACUAUCGUUACCAUCAAUGUUUUAGUAUGUUCAAUAUUAUCAGUAUAUUAAUAAUAUCACUAAUAUAUAUGUUUAUGUAUAUCAAUAUUUAGCAGUAUUAUUAACUAUUUUUCAUAAUAUUUAUAAUUAUCGUUCUCAGCAUUAUAUCUGUCUGUAGGUUUUAUGGCCUUUCAGCCAUUGCCUCGCUUCUUUCAUGUGCGCCUUCGUCGUUAGCGGUCAUUAUGUUUCUUCAUCUUUCUUUUCAUUUAUAUUGGGUUAUUUUCCUCCUUUUAUAAUUACUACCGUAUUGAUACCAUUUCUGGAUUUUUCGUCGUCUAUCGUACAUUAUUGUUAUAUAUAUAUAUAUAUAUGUUCUGACUAUCUACUCGACGACCGCAUUUAGAUAGACCGCAAUUUUUUUUAUGGGUCUGUGCCGUACAUUAGCUCCACACAAUUACAAUUUUAUUUUUUUUCUCGCUUGCCUAAUGAAUGAGCUUGUGCCAUGGUUUUCACCUACAAUUUACUUACGAUACAAAACUUUAAAAAGCAAAAUACAUUUCCUCAGAAAUCAAGGGCAUAUUCCUGUAUGAGAAGAAUCAAUUAGAUCAAUUAGAAACGAUGUAGGUGAGCAAAAAUGCCAAAGAAGAACCGAAACUCCUGCGUCUCAAUUUCCAAGCCAUCAAGCUGAUCGAUGCUGCCAAAUCUACUGACGUCUGCUAUUCCUUACCCAGUGCUGCUACAUGGCAUUCUAUUGAUUCCGGUAAUUUCUUAAGUAGAAACACGUCUGCAAAUUGUCAGUACAGCUCACAUUCUAUUCGAAAUACAAAUAAAAAAAAAACAAAACUAUGAACAUUUUCUGAAAAUGUUUUCCUCUGCAACUUGACGUAGCAGCACUAUUUAUAGUUUUGUAUCAUUUUGUGGUGUAGAUAGUUUUGAGCAUUGUUUUCAAGUUAUAUCUGUGUAGGUUCUACGUCCACUAUUGUAAUAGAACUAUUUUCAAUGUACUCAUUAUUGCUAGUGUUACUCUUGUUGUUUUUUGCGACUAUAUGUGAAGACGUUCGAUGUAUGUCUUAGCGUUAUUAUAAAGCUAUUACAUAGCAUUUGUGUAGUAUAAUCCACAUUGCUAAGGGCCUGUUUAAAUUUUAUUCAAUAAUAAAACUAGCCUUUUAUUGUCCCCAUUAUUUGCGUAGAGCUUUAGUGUAGAGACUAAUAUGCUACCUGACAAAGAUGCGCAUUUCUAGUACCUGCUUGUGUGUCUGAACACAUCUGUGUGUGUGUCUCCGAUGGUUGGUUUGGCUGCGAGAGCUAAAUCCUUGGUUUUUCCAUCAUCAUAUGGUCACGCCAAAGGGAAUAUAUAAAUCCAAAGGAGUCUUACAGCGAAGGAACGGCUACAAUCUCCCACAAUUGUUAACGCCAUUAAUAUUAAAUGAAAACAGUUCUACUUUAUAGCGGCAUUGCGCAGCAUGAAUUUUAAUUAAUUGUUAUUUAAUUCUAGCAGCAUUAAAUUGUAGCAGAUAUAUGCAUUAUUUUUCAUAGUGAUUAACGACGAUAAAGGUGAAUUGUCAUUGGGAAAUUUGCUGUGAAAAUAUUGUCUAUGCAUUUAUAAAUUGUGUGAAUUAAACUCUCAUAAAAGCAGUAAUGUUAUCGUAUACACGUAUGUACGGAUGCAAACAUUCGCUAUGUAAUUACAGUUUAAAAAUGGAUAGGCAGUGGCGACCAGUUCUUCUUUGUGUUUAUAUACUCAUUUUCGUAUUAAGACCGUAGACACGCAAGCAGACGAUUUUUUUCAUUCUCGAAUUUUGCCCCAGUGCGGGCAGCCAAGACGGCUUAAAAUAAAAUAUAGCGGUAGUUUUCCAUGUAAUUGUCGUGUUGAAAUUAUUUGACGAUUCUUCAUUGUGAUUUUUGCUGAUUUCGUUGAAUUAUAUGUGUCUGUGGCGUUGGGAAGUUUGUUGCCUACCCUUUUUCUGCUAAAAUUUUAGCCAACGUUUCAAUUAUUUUUUCGCUUCUCAGCCUUCAGCGCCCGCAUACACAUCUUAUUUGUGUGUCAGGUGUGAAUUGUGUAUAUGUUCAUAGCUAUCCCAUUUUUGGUAAGAGGUCGAAAUUAGGAAGUGGCAGUGGCUACUUUUUGUUGUUUUUGAAUAACAAGACAAUUUCACUACAUAGAAACCAUACAAAUCGUAAGGGAAAGUAAGUCAAGCCAUGUACACUUGCGGAAAGGAUAUACUAUAUAAUGUACAAAAAAACUCACGCAUGGGGUUCAGUUCAUUGGUUGGGUUCGAUUGGAUGAUGUUUGUUAAGGACACAGCAAGAUGCUACAAGUCGGAGAAGGGAGCUUCGUCCCGUACGGAGCUUUAUUAUUUACCAUUAUCAAUAAUCCACUCUCAUCAUCAAUCAACAGCAUAAUAGUAAUGACAGCAUAAAAAUUAUUCAUUUCUUAUGGUAUAAUGAUAAUAUGGUUUGAUAGUAUUUGUGGUUGAUAGUUUUGUUGAUCUUUUGUUGCUUAAUUUGUUCGAUCGAGAAAAAAAUACACGUUGGAUAUGCUGAAACCUCUAGACACUGAACGGGACGGCCGGGGUGAGCUGAAGGUUAAUUAAGGGAGUUAAACACAUUGCUUUGUUUGGCCCACCACCGAAAAACACUCUGAACGUAUUUGCACUUCAGCAUUUUAAUGCCGUCCCUUAUUUGCCUUCUUGCCUUCAGAUUGCUCCCCGAAGAUGCCCGUAAAAUGGACGCUAGCACACGAAAGGAAACAGCCUUCGCUAUUUUGUUUCUCCCACUAAAUCCGUUCCCAAUAAUACGCACAAGAGCACACACACAACACCGUCCCGUCCACUCAACAUCCAAAUUCCUGAGAUCAUUCCGGUAAUUAUCUAGACUAUGUUGUAUAAUAUUAAAUUAUCGGGUAGUGGCAAUAUAAUUAGUUGUAAUAAUAAUUAUAAUAGUGGAAGUGAAAUGGUCAUGACAAGAAUAUAAUAAUGAAACUACAUUACAUCAAAUAAAAAUACGAUGGAUACAUGUUACAUCAGUCAUAAUGAAAUGUCCGUGUUGGGUGCGUGUCCCCACUUCUCCGUGAGCGAGCCAGUCAGCCGGCACAAGCCCAAAAUGCAGGCUGCUGGGAAUGGUGCCGCCACUGUUGCUGCUGUUAAAGCAAUGCUGCCUAGAGUCACUGUACAUAUUCUUCAGUCUUUCGUUUACUUUGUCUAUUUUCUUUAUUCCUGUCGUCAACACACAUAGCUUUUUGCAUUCACCUUCUUUCUCUUUCUGUCUCGAUAUCUUGUGUCUUGUUAUGCCGUAUUCUUCCAUGUUUGUUUGUUACGCAGUACGCAUUAGUCGCUUUCGUUGGCAGCUAUUGUUUGUUAAUGGUGCUUUCUGAUUUUUGCUGAUUUUUCUCCUGUACACGUCACUUGUUUAACGUAUCCCAUUAAUAACUGAAGCUUCGUAUGCGUCGUUACUUACACGUGGUAUGAGCCAGCGAGGUCAACAUAUAUAGUUUCUAUGUUUUUCCUACAAAUGACUCUCAGAAACAAUUUCCACUGUAUAUACUGCCAAUAAUGCGCUUUCGUUCGUAUAUUGACAAAGAGACGACAAAAACUGGCAAACAAAUGUGUCUUGAGCUGCUCACAAGGAGUAAGAAAAAUGCAUUUAACUGAACUGCUCGAAUUCCCUAUUGCAUUAAUUGUAUGCGCAAAUCAUAAUAAUUUGAUUAUAAUCAAUCAUGAAUAGAGCAUCGCCAAAUAUCUGAAUGAGAAUAUCAAUUGAAAUAUUUGUGUAUGUAUAUUCCUGUUCUGUGUGUUUAGUCUGUUUGUUGGUUGUUGUUGUUUUUUUCGCAAAUCGGAUAACCACCUCAAUAAUACACGAGAAACAUAUGUACAAUUCGCUCAUCAUCAUUAUCAUCCUUCCUUGUGUCUUCUUUGUUUUAUUUCCGACGCACUCUGAGUGUGUGAUGUAUUUCUUUUAAUAUAUAUAUAUAUAUAUAUAUAUAUAUAUAUAUAUAAUAUCGAUCGAUCGAUUUCCUUAUACUCUUCCAAAUGGCUUCAAAUUUUGUGCAUGACACCAUUUUUUCUUUUUCAUUGUUUCUCCACCAUCUUCAUCUUGUUUUCUUUUUCUCUCUUUUCAUCUCUCAUCAUAUAGCAUAAUGACGUUUAUAAUAGCAAUAAUAAUUAUAGCAGUCAUUACAGUGAUCGUAGUAAUAGUCAUAAUAAUAAUAAUAAUAAUAGCAAUCAUCAUAACCUUAGCAUUAGCACAGUAGUGGUAAUCGUACAAGGAACCUGAUACAAUGCGCGAGAGAGA